GUCAGCGUUAUCUGCAUUAGACGUAGAAUAAAGUAGCUGAGAGUCCAGUACAGUCGUUCCUCUUCAAGCUUGCUUCUGCGUGUACGAGGGUAGAUGGAUCGAUUUGAAUAGGGAUAUAUGCGACUCCAUUCUGCUGCCAUCUGCCGUUUGUCGACCACCCCCACUUUGCCCAACCUUCCCCUCUAGCGACCGUAGAGCAACAUCGAUGCUAUCAUUCCUUUUUGAAUUCUCUUGCCGCUGAUCACUACUAUACUCAUUCACAAAAUACUUAUAUUACUCUAUACCGAAUAUACCUGACCGUACCGAGGCGCUGCAGUGCCUUUCUGCCGCCAUGGAAUCACCCGCCGUACCCGUCCCUCUGGAUCCGCGAGAGCAACCCAUACUGGAACAGCUUCUCCGUACCCGCGAUGCGCUCCUCUUAUUGAAGCAGGAUAAGUCGUCUUACAUCAAAUCUCGUGAUGUCUUGCCUCUUUAUGAAGAGGUUAUCGGUCGGGUUGAGACUCUCAAUUCAAUACGCAAGGAGCGAGACCGCCGAUUAACUUAUAACCGACUGGACUAUGUGCUUGACGAUUGCUUUCAGCUCAUCUCCCUCCUAUUCCUCACAGUCGGUCGAAAUAAUGAAGCUCCCGCUACGUAUUCGCUAGCAACGACAGUUCAGCGUUUACUUGACCACCUCCAAGAGGCUGGGUUUUUUAGUGCCAAGGAUCUUGAAUCCAUAGCGAAAACACUCGAUAAUAUGAGAGAAGUUCUCGAACAUGGAAAAGAAACACAUUCUCCACAUCUCCUCAUCCUUCUAGAAAGUCGAAUUGAGCAGUGCCAAAUAUCACUUGAUAAUCUUCAUAAAAGCCUCGAGCUACUCGCGCCUGACCUCGUCUCCUUACAUGAGACUCUAGUGUCAAUCCUUCGAUCUACAUCCGCCGCUAAUACCCGAUCAAAGUUCUCUGCUUCGGAAGUGCUCGAAUUACAGGAACGUUUGAGGGAGAUACAGAUUCACACCGAAGAUGGGAAAAUCGUCGGAUCUGACGGUCAAGUAUUAAGUGGACAAGAAGUUGUUAAGACUCUGUGGGAUAGAUGCUGGAGGUGGACCGAGAUUGUUCUUGAGAGGAAAGGACAAAUUGAUGAACGGUUUCAGGAGCAGUACUCCCGACUCCUCGAGAUAAAAAAUCAACUAGAGCGACUAUCCAUGACACAAGCAUGGUCUCUCCGUGAAACGGACCUUUUUCAAUUCCAGCGCAAGCUUGAUCGGAUAGAUGAAGCUCGUGUUAACGGCAACUUUAUCGAUGCCACCGGCCAGGCUGCAGAUCUUCAUGCUCAAAGGACAUUACUUUACCUUAUCCGCCGUAGUUAUGCUUACAUCUACGCGCUCCUCAUUGCCUCAGAACCCGUAUCAGAAGCCCUUUUGCCCAUUUACAACCAAUUACAGACGCUUCGACGUUGUUUGCUAGAGGUCAAGGACUCUGGCGGAGUUUCAAAUGCACGUGAGCUUUAUCCUUACAGUAUGAAGCUGAAUUCUAUCGACAAUAUGCGCGUUGAUGGGAAGUUCUACAUAGGAAACGACAUCCCAGAGGGGCAAGGUAGUGUCAAUGCACUUUUGGCAGAAUGCUACGAAAUUGCAUAUGAACUGAGAGCAGCUGUCGACGAGGAUAAAGCGGACCGUGGAGAUUAA